AUGUCCGCAAACGAUUACUACGGAGGUGGCGGCGGCAGCGGCUACGGACACAACCAGCAGCAGCAGCAGCAGCAGCAGCAUGGCUACAACCAGGGCGGCGGCUACGCACCCCAGCAGCCCAGCUAUGCACAGGUAGGCAGCAUCCCGUCUCUUGUCUUCUUUCAUAGGUCAUCUAAUGCCGACUUUCGUAUCAAGGGUCAGCAGCAACAGCACGGCGGCUACCCCCCUCAGUCGCAUUCCCCGUACCAGCAGGGAGGCGGCUACAACGCCCCCCCUCAGCAGCAGCACGGAUACGGCGGACCUCAGCAACCGACCUACGCCCAGGGCGGCCAGCAUCAGCAGGGUUACGGCCAUGACGACAGAGGCAGCUCUCCCUACCCUCCUCAACAGCAGUACGACCAGCAAGGAUAUGCGCCCCCUCACGGCGGACAGCCACAAUACGGCGGCGGACAGCCCCAGUACGGUGGCCAACCUCAAUACGGUGCGCCCGGUGGCCCAGGCGGCCCCGGUCAGGACGAGCGCGGUCUCGGCGCUACGUUGAUCGGUGGCGGGGCAGCCGGAUGGGCGGCAAACAAGGCUGGCGGCGGUCUACUCGGCACACUCGGCGGUGCUAUCGUAGGGGCCGUUGGUGCCAAUAUGCUGGAGAACAAGUUUGAAAAGAAGCAUAAGAAGGACAAGAAGCACAAGAAGGACAAGCACCGCAAGCGCAGCGGGAGCUGCAGCUCGAGCUCAAGCAGCGACUAA